UGUGUACAGGAGGAGUCGGUGCUCAGAUGUGAGGAGGUGGAUCUGCUGGUCUUCAGCUUGUGGAGGUGGAUCACCUGAUCUCCACCAAUAAGAAGACCCGACUUCUUUCAACUCUCAGUUUGACAAAGUCGCACACGUUUGCCUGUCACAGUCCCAGAAGGAGAACAAAAACCAUGGGUGUCUUACCGCUUCUCCUCCUGUCGGGGUCGCUGUUUCUCUUCGGUCGCGUGGAAUCCCAGUCCACCGCCGCAGAUAUGCUGCAAGAUGCUGCACUCCAGUCGAAAGGAUCUCUGACCUGCAACAAGUGGGACUGCAACUGCACCUUCAAAUACCAGCGCGGCUGCUGCUGUGCCACCAACGAGAUGCACAAGACAGAGGAAGACACUUUCCUGAGGAUCAAGCACCUCUAUGCAGAUGUUAUGACGCUGGAUUCUAGAGUAAAGGCCUUUACAGAAAGCUUCAAGGUUGCCUUCAAGGCUUCCAUGGAUCCAAAUCUGGCCGUUGCAAUUCCUGGCUCCACUGAGCGGUGCUUUGGCCCUUUCAACACCGACGUGCCGGUACCUUACUCCGUGGUAGCUCUUAACGACGGUAACGGCUACAACCCGUCUCUGGGUGUCUUUACGGCCUCUUGUCCAGGUGUUUACAUGUUUUCCUUCACGGCAUAUUCAGCCGUGGACAGCACCGGACGCCUCUACCAUAAGGUUCAGCUGAUGAAGAAUGGGCAGUUGGUGGUCAGCGUGUUGGAGAACAACCGAGAGGACAACGAAGACAGUGCCACUCAAGUUGUGACUCUGGAGAUGAAGGGAGGGGAUCAGGUCUACCUGCAGCUGACAUCUGGAAGGAAACUCUGCACCAGUCUGAGUUACAACAUAUUUACUGGUCACAUCGUUUAUCCCUACGUUCAGGAGUGAAAGACGAGCUGGAGCUCUUCUCUGGACCUUUUGUCUCAAAGGAGAGCAAGAAACCUUCAUGCUGUUUUUUUGUCUGAUUUGCCUUUUAGUUGAUGGUGAAGAUUAGAGAUGGUGAAGAAACUGAAACAACUUUGCAUUGUGUGUGUUCACAUAAAGGCUGUGUACUUCCAAAUAAACUACCACAACUUUUG